AGCAAUCAUAGAUUGGGCCAACGUCUCGCGAUAGGAGGUCUCUUCGUGCUGUCUCUUGGAUUGUCUUGGGUACUAUCUAACUACCGGUAGCUUGCUUGUUCUGCUAAAGUGACAGUAUCUUUUGGUCAAGAUGAAGAAUCGCCGUAGCGCAAAGAAGAAGGGUGGCAAAAAGAAGAAGAAGGAGAAACAGCAAGCGUCGGCAGCAAGCACUUCUCCAAAGCACGAAACAAACCCUCCAACGGCACACAUCUAUCUGUAAGAUGAAUCCCACCCGGUGCCGCCAUGGAAUUCCAGAGGGAUAUGUUGAUGACGUGGGCAAGGACAUGCUAGAUGCUUUCUUGGAAGAAUGGUUCGCAAGCACAGACAACAUGAACAAUGGAUUGACAGCAAUGCGGAAGCUAUCACCGGUCUACCACACUGUGAUGGAACACCCAGACGCAGCCCAAUUUUUUUAUGGCCUUGCAGCCAGUUACCUCCGACGUGAGAACCAAGAUUCAUUUUUACUAGCACCGUUGGAUGAGAAACCCUUCAAGACUUUCCGUGCAGCAGUUCUCAUUGACAAAUGCAAAUUUUCUGUUCCCAUGUCAGAGGAAGAACACAUACAUGAAAUGACUCGUUUGAAUUGGUGUUUUGUCAAACAUGCUAAAAGCUUGCGUGAUGUGGUCAUGUACAUUGACAAGAAGAUUCCAUGCAACUGCUUGGCAGUGUUGAAACAGGAAAUACUGGAACACUCGGAAAUCCGUGUGUGUAAUAACUGCAAGAAGGAUUCACUCAACCCCAUGUGGUGUGAAGAUUGCCUUGCUGCAGAGUACUGCUCUAAAGAAUGCCAACUUGCAAGCUGGCCAGAACAUCAGCCACUUUGCAAGUUCUUCAGUGGAAAAAUCGCUGCUGGUGAUUUGCUCGCGCAGAUCCAUGACAAAAUGUCAACUACUGGGACUGACAGCAACGGCAACAACAAAAACAACAACACUGCUUAGAGAGGGAGAGAGUUCAUUUUGUGGGGCAGAAAUUUGGGAGACGCCACCGUAACCUGACAGGUAGCAAGGCUGCCAACAACACUGCCAUUGCGGGACAAACCAAAUGCAAUGACACCUAUCUAUCUAUGAACCCUUGAUAUAUGUGGACUUUGGACGUACCGGUACCGGUACGGCACCAGAACGAAAGCCAAGACGAUUGUAGGUACUGUAGUAGAAACUUGAACGUAUUUUCC